ACUCCUUUCAUUUCACUUUAUUUCGUUCGCAUGUACGCACGUUGGCCGCGGAGCAACAUCUCCCCGAAACAAAAACCAAAAAACAAAAAAAAAACAAAAGCCAAAAAAUAUACAACAGCAACAAUAGCAACAACACGGCAGCAGCCGUCGCUCAGACGCGGAACUUGGCUCGAACUUUAGUUUGGUUUCAGUGGCCAGUGCCAGUGCCAGUGGCCCAGUGGCUAAAGUGCGGCGGAAUCGGGCGAAUCGGUUGACGGUGAACGGUUCACGGUUUACGGUUUACGGUUGACACCUAUCGGUUAAGCUCGCGCUAAAAACCCUUUUUUUUAAUGUUGUCAAAGCUUAAGUGGUAUUGAAAACAUCAAAUUAUAUGUAAAUUAUAGGCAAGAAUCGAAAGCCAAGAGUGUCUCAUUUCGAGGAUCAAAAAAGGAGGAUCAAAAUAUCAAUCGAUUCAUUAUGUUUAUAUAUUUUUUUGGAGUGAUUUAAGUUUGGCAAUGGACGCAGACUUCUUCUUCUAAUCGACCCAAGGGAUUUCAUGUUUUAUGUAUGCUUUAGAAGAAGAAGUUCAUAAACAAAUGGUUGUUGUGAUCGAAAGUGUUCUGAAAUGUGUUUGAAAAUCGGUGUUUGCCCAGCCAGAAUGGCCCAGCACUCGUUUGUCCGCCUGUACCUGCCCACCUAGAAGCUGCCCAAAUGAAUGCCCAGCAGCCGCUGAUCCUCGACCCCAAGGCCAGUGUCGCUGCUUCGGUAGCCGCAGAAGCGGCCAAGAACACGGAGGCGGAGGCCACGGAAGCGGCAUCGGCAUCGUCAUUGGCGGACCCCUAUCCGCAGCUGAACGGCGGUCACGAGGAGCAGCGGGUCAAUGGCAAUCACGGCUGCCGGCGGGACGAGGAUCAGCCGGAUCGCCUGGAUCGCCAGGAUGACGCCACCAACAAGCUGACCAUUAUCAAGACACCGCUGAACAAAACCCUGCUCAAGAAGUGCAACAGCAAUGGCAGCCUGCAACUGCCACAUAGCAACAAUGGCAACAGCAGCAGCAGCAACAUCAAUAACAGCCGCAACAUCAGCAGCAACAACAGCAACAACAACAACAGCAGCAGCAGCAAUAACAACAACAGCGCGGCGAGCGGCGACGUCGACGGCGCCUGCGAUUCCGGUUUGCAAAGCGGAAAUAGCAAUGAACAAGAACCAUUUGCCAACGAUCGCCAUCAUCACAUUCACCACCACCACCACCACUAUCAUCAUCAUCAUGGCGGCGAUAAAGGCGAGGCGAGCGGCGAUGUUGCAUCCUCAUCGUCCACGGAUUUGACCCAGGUCAAGGAAGAGCCCACUGGAGCACUGGAAAAUGACAAUCAUUUAAAAUCAGGUGGAGGAGGAGCAGCAGCAACAGCAGCAGCAGCAGCAGCAACAGCAGCAACGCCUGCAACGGUGGCUACAACACCUGCGGCCACUUGCAGUCCCAGCAAGUGCAACAAGUGCAAUUCACACAACAACAACAGCAACUGCAACAAUAACAACAAUACCAUCAACAACAACAACAAUAAUAAUAAUAAUACAAGCAACAAUACCAACAACAACAACAAUAACCAUUACAGCAAUUACAAUAACUAUUAUAAGAAAAAGUCUCGUAUGCCGCCCAUUUGCCUCAACAACAAUCAAACACCCCCUCAACCCAACCCCCCCUAAAAAAAAAAAACAAAAAGUGCACUAAACUGGAGCAACCAAUAAUU